CCCCCCCGCCCCAUUAUUUUCUGUCCGCCCUCUCCGCUCUUCAGUCCUCACGAUAUAAUUCAAAACUAUCCUCAUCCUCUCUUUCAUCAAAAAAGGGGGGAAAAAGAGAAAAAUCCAGAAAAAAUGCUGGAAAAAACAGCAAAAACAGCAGCAAUAUUUGCAUUUUUCUGCUGCAUUUCUCUCACAAUUGGAGAAGAUCCUUACAGGUUUUUCGACUGGACUGUGACUUUUGGUGACAUAUAUCCCCUUGGAGUUAAGCAACAGGGUAUUUUGAUAAAUGGGCAAUUUCCAGGGCCUGAUAUUUUCUCAGUUACCAAUGAUAAUCUCAUUAUCAAUGUGCAUAAUAACUUGACUGAGCCCUUCCUUCUUUCUUGGAACGGGGUACAAAACAGAAAAAACUCGUACGAGGACGGAGUUCUAGGCACGACGUGUCCGAUUCCACCGGGGAGAAACUUCACGUACAAACUUCAAGUCAAGGAUCAAAUCGGCAGCUUCUUCUACUUCCCAUCAAUGUACUAUCAGAAGGCCGCAGUCCUCAGCCGGCCGAGGAUCCCCGUUCCGUUUAACGACCCGGCAGGAGAUUACACCAUCCUCAUCGGGGAUUGGUACAAGGCCAAUCACACGACUUUAAGACAAGUAUUAGACGGCGGCUCGCCGCUCCCUGCUCCUGACGCCGUCCUCAUCAACGGUCGCGGCCCCAGCGGCGCAUCAUUCACCGUUGAUCAAGGCAAAACUUACAGGCUCCGAAUCUCGAACGUGGGCCUCCAAAGCACCCUCAACUUCAGGAUCCAAGACCACAAAAUGAUACUGGUCGAGGUCGAAGGGACCCACACGAUGCAGACUGAGUUCUCCUCCGUCGACGUCCACGUCGGCAAGGAUUACUACAUCGUCUCCUCGACACGCUUCACCUCCGUCGUCACCACCGCCACCGCGGUCCUCCAUUAUUCAAACUCACAAAGCGCGGUAUCGGGCCCAAUACCCGGCGGGCCCACUAUCCAGAUCGAUUGGUCGUUAAAUCAAGCCCGGUCCAUUCGGACUAAUUUAACCGCUAGUGGGCCCAGGCCCAAUCCACAAGGCUCGUACCAUUACGGGCUCAUUAACACUACUAGGACCAUUAGGCUCGCUAAUUCUGCCGGUUUGGUUAACGGGAAGCAACGUUAUGCGGUCAACAGCGUGUCGUUUGUAGCACCCGAUACUCCGAUGAAACUGGCCGAUUUUUAUAAGAUUCCGGGGGUUUAUAAGCUGGGGAGCAUCGCGGAUCGCCCGACGGGCGGCGGUAUUUAUCUCGAUACGUCGGUGAUGGCGGCGGAUUACAGGGUGUUCGUGGAGAUCGUGUUUGAGAACGACGAGGACACGGUUCAGUCCUGGCAUAUAGAUGGAUACUCGUUUUGGGUCGUGGGGAUGGAUGGCGGGAAAUGGAGCCCCGCUAGCCGAGGCAAUUAUAAUUUGAGGGAUGCGGUGAGCCGGUGCACAACGCAAGUGUAUCCACAAUCUUGGACUGCGAUCUACAUGUCACUCGAUAACGUGGGUAUGUGGAACAUAAGGUCCGAGAUAUGGGCUCGCCAAUACCUCGGACAACAGUUCUACUUGCGGGUGUACACGCCGGUGGAGUCUCUAAGAGACGAGUAUCCGAUCCCGAUCAACGCUCUCCGCUGCGGCCGAGCCUCCGGUCGCCGGACUCGGCCUUUCUGAGGAGGAGGAGGAGGGCGGUGAUGGUCCGGCUGUAAUUUGUUUGAAGAUGAAGGGUUAAGUAUUUACCAACUUGGUAAAGAGUUUAGUUCUUGGGGUUAGAUUGAUUGGUUGACCUAACUCGGGUCACAUUCUUUUAUGGAGGAAGUUAUCAAGUGUAUUUUAUUUUUAGACGUAUGGCUCUGUGUCAAUCGAAUUGGACGGUAUUAUAUCUUUUGAUUUGAAAUCAUUUUAGCUGAAUAACGUUUUCUUUAA